CCGUUCCCUGCCCUACCCUGCCUUGCCCUGCCUUGCCCUGCCCUGGCUCCCAAAACUCCAUUCAUCUCUCUCUCUCUGUCUCUCUCUGAACCUUCCGACUUCCACUUUUCAAUGCCACAAUCAUCUUUUUUUUUUCUGCUCAUAUUUGUUUUUGUCUUCCUCCCAUUGCUGCCGCCUUCAACAUCUCCAGCAGCCAUUCAAGACCAAAUUCGCGAACCCUUUCCGCGUUCAAAGAAUCAAUGUCACUUCAAGAGAAAUCAAGUGUUGUGGUUAUGGAGGAAGGGUACCGUGGGACAAAUGACACUGAACCCAGACGAAGCGUAUCCAAUGAUCGAACAAGCAGUGCCACUUCUUCAUUAAGGAGGCGGUCUUUAAGUUUAUCACAUGUUCAGCCUUCUCAAAUAGAUGAUGACAAUGAAAGUGAAUGUGUGUCAGAGGCAGGAGAUAUUGGCGAUCGGGCUCUUCACAGCAACAGGCACAGUGAGAGUGGCAGCGUCUGCUUGUUUCCUUCAGAGGAUGUUCAACUGCAAUCCUAUGGAUUCUGGGGUCAUGACCCUGUUGCAUCCAAAGCAAUUUCCCCUGUCACUCCCUUGCCAGAGGAAAUCAUAUCUCAUCUUUCCACUGAUGCGAUCAUAUCCGAGGACAAAAAGCCAGAAAAUACAACAAGGUUGCCAAAAUUCUUGGAAUAUGGUUCAUGCAUGACUCAUUUAGCAGUUUUUGGCAUUCUUGGGGUCUUAUCGAGAUAUCUUCUGCAAAAAUUGUUUGGCCCUGGAGUUGUAGGUGUAACAAGCGACAAAACCAUUCUCUACCUUGAUCUUCCUUCCAAUAUGGUUGGCUCUUUCUUGAUGGGGUGGUUUGGUGUUGUUUUCAAAGGAGAUAUAUCCUAUGUGUCAGAUUAUUUGGUCAUCGGAUUAUCAACUGGUUACUUGGGCAGCCUUACAACUUUCAGUGGUUGGAACCAGAAAAUGAUUGAACUCAGUGUUGAAGGACAUUGGGCUUUUGCUCUGCUCGGCUUUUUGAUAGGUUUGUUUCUUGCGGCCUACUCCCUCAUUUUUGGGGUAGAGACAGCAAAGGGUUUUCGGCAGAUUCUUGAGAGGAACUCAGUCUGUGGUAUUACCAGCUCUAGAAGGAGGUGGAGGGUUGACAGCUACAAGCGUCACUUGGUAGCUUUAGCAGUGUUGUUGCUGAUGCUAAGUUCUCUAUGGAGUAUAGGUGGAAUACAGUUAAGAGAGGAAUUUAACAGUAGCAGCAGCGAGGCGCAACUAUGGUUGGGUUGCAUAGUUGGACCUUUUGGUGUGUGGAUUCGGUGGUUCUUAGCCCGGCUUAAUGGACGUGGAUUAGGAAAGACUGGUUUGUUGAAAUGGGUUCCAUUUGGUACUUUAAUUGCCAAUGUUUCUGCAGCUUGUGUAAUGGCAGCCCUGUCUACUACGAAGAAAGCCGUGAAUACUAAGACUUGCGACAUUGUUGCAACAGGCAUACAAUUUGGAUUUCUAGGUUGCCUGAGUACUGUUUCUACCUUCAUUGCUGAGUUCAACGCAAUGAGAGAAAGCAAAUACCCUUGGAGAGCAUACGCAUAUGCCAUGGCUACGAUAUGCACCUCGUUUGGUUUGGGAAUCCUGAUAUAUUGUGUACCUGUUUGGACAAGGGCAUACAAGUAGUAGCAUGCUCAGGCCAUUAUUUUGAUGUUUAUUUUGUAGUUAUGCCUCAGGGAUCAUGUUUGCUUAACCCUGGUCUUCAGGAUGACCGAAAACAUGACACCUUGGUGCUUCUUGAGUGUGUAGCAGAGUCUUGCGGGAGAGACACGAAAUAUAUCCUCAUCUAUCUAUCUCCGUCCUCUCGCGAUGAUACAGAUGCAUGGGGGUAUAGACCCGGUUUGAUGUAAGUUUCAGCCAUCUCGUAGAACUAUCACCAGAUUGGUCUGACCAGCCGCAACCAAUGCUACCUUUAACACUGGCCAACUUCUUACCGUUCUACAGAUGCGUUGGCAUAACAUGGGGAAACAAAAGUAAUUGGGAAAUCCAUUUUUGAGUGUAUGAUUUCACUGGAAUGAUUUCUGAGAAUUGCAGAUGAUGCAACAAUUGCAGAGAAGAAAGCUAGUAUCAGAGCUGAAAUUUUCUCAUUGGAUUGUCAUCCUCGCACCAAAUGCGUGCAAAGAAUAUAUUACAGUUAGGGGAGGAGCAUCACACUCUCCAUCACAUAUACAAAAUCAUCCUGGCUACUCAAUCUAAGGUCACCUUAUGAAACGUUUACACUUGUCCUGAGUUAUAACUUAAUGAAAUCUAAUCUAAGAGACCACAUGGACUAUGAUCCAAUGGUUCACAUUAAAUCCUA